CGCUCGGACCCCGCGGCUAUGAAGUGGCCCUCGGGGUCUCGGAGCCCGAGAUCCCCCGGGGAGGAAGGCGUGCGCGGCCCAGGGCAGCACCCUGGGGGCGCCGGGGCCGGGGUUUAGGAGCCGCCGCCCGAAUGAACCGUGCCGGGGACGAUCCGGACUCGCCGCCUCAGGUGUGCACUUCGCAGGGUUCCUGACCGUGCACCGGAACAGCCACCCCGACUCUGGCUGGGCUGGACUCUGCAAACCUGCUUCCGCAAUGGGUGGGUUGUGAGCGCUGGUAACGAGGAGCUGUGGGCCCAGCCAGCCUUGGAGAUGCCGAAAAGACGGGACGUCCUUGCAAUAGUCCUCAUCGUGCUGCCCUGGACACUGCUGGUCACCGUGUGGCACCAGAGCACCAUCGCGCCUCUGCUCACGGCACACAAGGAUGAAGGUGGUGACCCCAGGCGCGCCGCCCCGCCGGGCGCGGACCCCAGGGAGUACUGCAUGUCCGACCGGGACAUCGUGGAGGUGGUGCGCACCGAGUACGUGUACACGCGGCCCCCGCCCUGGUCCGACACGCUGCCCACCAUCCACGUGGUGACGCCCACCUACAGCCGCCCGGUGCAGAAGGCGGAGCUGACGCGCCUGGCCAACACGCUGCUGCACGUGCCCAACCUGCACUGGCUGGUGGUGGAGGACGCGCCCCGCCGCACGCCGCUGACGGCGCGCCUGCUGCGCGACACCGGCCUCAACUACACGCACCUGCACGUGGAGACGCCCCGCAACUACAAGCUGCGCGGCGACGCCCGCGACCCACGCAUCCCGCGCGGCACCAUGCAGCGCAACCUGGCGCUGCGCUGGCUGCGUGAGACCUUCCCGCGCAACUCCAGCCAGCCCGGCGUGGUGUACUUCGCGGACGACGACAACACCUACAGUUUGGAGCUCUUUGAGGAGAUGCGCAGCACCAGGAGGGUGUCCGUGUGGCCUGUCGCCUUCGUCGGCGGCCUUCGGUACGAGGCCCCACGGGUCAACGGGGCAGGGAAGGUGGUCGGCUGGAAGACAGUGUUUGACCCCCACCGACCGUUUGCAAUAGACAUGGCUGGAUUUGCGGUCAACCUGCGGCUCAUUCUACAGCGAAGCCAGGCCUACUUCAAGCUGCGUGGUGUGAAAGGAGGCUACCAGGAGAGCAGCCUCCUCCGAGAACUGGUCACCCUCAACGACCUGGAGCCCAAGGCCGCCAACUGCACCAAGAUCCUGGUCUGGCACACGCGGACAGAGAAGCCGGUGCUGGUGAACGAGGGGAAAAAGGGCUUCACUGACCCCACUGUGGAGAUCUGAGCCCAGGAUACAGGAGCCUCUUCUCAGACCCUGCUCCUGGCCUUCCAUCCUCUCCCCGUGGCUGAUGGCCCCUCCGAGGCAAACUCCAAAGGAAUGGCCAGCACCCUCUUUUCUAUGCCGGGGCUUCAGAGAGAGCCCAGCCUAAUGCCAGGACAAAGGACGGGGAACCUAAAGCACAGAAAUCCCAGACAUGUUGUUCUCUUCCAUCCAGCGUGCCCAGGCCCAGCUGCGAGCCCCGCCCCCGAGCCAGCUCGCCGGUGCCCCGCACACCUCCCCAGAGCUUCCUGCAUCGACAGGCCCGCAGGAGCAGACGCGCGGGGCUCACCCCAGCCCCAGAGGGGUGCUGGCCUGGGAGGGAGGUUAAAAGACUCGGUAGACAGGUGGAGGGUGACCCCCGCCCGGCUCCCGGCUUCCGGGGUCCAGCCCAGCCUCAUAGGCUGGCCGGCCAGAGAAUCCUGAUGACCAGAGGCAGGCCCUGCCCGGGUGUCAGGACCCUGUCCCCUCCUCGGAGAGUUGCUCCCAGGUACACGUGCCUCUGUGGCUUUCCUCUCAUUCCUGUUCUGUCUUUGAUCCCAAGGGGCGCCCAGCCCUGCAUGAGGGGAGCCUGGGCCCUGCCAGCAGGCUCCCCCUGUACCUCAGGCUGUGGUGGGAGAAGAGCCCUUUCCUCUGGCCCCGCCCCUCAGGCCUGCUCCUGGCAGCACAGAGAAGCAGGUGGGCCCUCCAGCCAGCACAGGAGACGGACUGACCUGGACUAAGACCACGUGGGCCCCUAUGCCCACACUGCCACCCCCACUGCCCACUGGGCCGCAGGGCCUUCGCCUGGGCCAGGACGGGGAGGGCAGGAGCCCUCUUCCUGAAGCCCUUGAGAGCCACAGGCCUCAGGGGCUCCCUGAGCAGGGGCAGGAGAGGGGGAAAGAGGCGGGAGGCGGGGCAGGCCCAAGGCUCUGUCCCGCCCCUGGUGUGGGGACCGAGAUUUUGCAUUAGCCAAGGGAUUGAUGGAAAAAAGGCAGAGAUCAUUUGGACACUGAGCGGAAAGGAGACCUGAGCACAUUUUACUUUGGAGAUCACUGUAUUCUAAACACAAAAGGGAAAAGAAAAUCUCCCUUCCUCCUAAGUGAGGAGCCUGCAGAGCAAGCCGCCUCAGGUCCAGCUGCGCCCCUUCCUCCCCAAAGAACAGUGCUUGCGCCCGGCAGCCCCGCCCACCGGGAGGAAAGGGGGUCAGCCUCCCCAGCUGCAGGAGGGGUCCCUGGCUUUCGGACUGGGGACAGGGCCCCCUGGUGGCUGUCACACUCACGCUCCUGAAAGUUGGAAGCACAAUUUUCCUCCCACGUGGAGGAAAAGGGAAGGCUUGAGCCUACUGAAGGUGUUUAUUUUUAACUGCUAACAGCACCCACUUCAUUUAAACUCACAGGACCAGUCUGAGGACCACUGAGAACCCACUCCUGGGUGGGUGGGGGAUAGGACAUAGUCCGGCAACUUGAACAUUCAAAAAAUAGCAUUGGCUGCCUGUUUUGAAAUGGACUGAACUGACCACAGCAGUCAUGAGCCCUGCUGCUGGGAUCACACCCCCGGCAGCCCUGAGCCGCCUCGCAGGACGUUCCCCAGCCUCUUCCAUUUGCUGUGUUGCUUUGGAAAUCCAGCCCUCAGAACCAAGCCGCGUGGCCUGGGGGAGAAGGGAGGAGGCAGGCCCAGGGCACCCAUGCAGUGAGUGAAGGAGGUCAGGCCCAGGCUCCGCUGCAUCCUCACUGAACCCGGCCCCGAAGGCCCAGGUGAGCUUGGCUGCUCUUAGGCAAACUUCUCAGCUGGGGAGGGGCAGGGGUGGGGGCGGGGGACCCAGGGCUCAUUUUCAGGAAAUUGAUAAUGAACAACAAAAUGAGAUAUUUUCUCUCUUUUAUUAUUUUUUGGGGGGCAGAUGCUAGUUGUUUUCACCCAAUAUCCUCUUCUAGCUGCAUGUGUAUUUAUUUAUAAUCAUAACCUGGUAGACAGCAGUCCUCACCUUUGCUGGGAAUGAGUUCGUUAGAAAUGAGAAUUGGGUCCGUGACGACGACUUGUUUUCCAAACUCAGCCUGCUCCCUGCUCGCCACAUGGAGGAGUGAAGCUGGGGGCUGGGCGUCUCAGCUAGAGACGGGGGUGGGUGGAGCCUCGCAGCUGCACCAUCUGGUCUGUUUUAA